CUGCCGGCCGCGCUGGGGCUGCUCUGCGUGCCCGCGCUGGGCGCUGCCGGCGCCCUGCUCGUCUUCUCAGGCACCCUGCUCAUCUUCUCGGCCGCGCGCCCGCCCGCUGCGCUGCCCGCGGCCGGCAGAGCCGUGCUCAUCACAGGAAGUGACACUGGGAUUGGACAUGCACUGGCUAAAUACUUGGAUAACAUGGGUUUUAUUGUAUUUGCCGGGGUUUUGAAUAAGGAUGGACCCGGGGCUGAAGAACUGAGAAGGACCUGUUCUCAGAGACUCUCCCUCCUUCAGCUGGACAUAACCAAUCCUACCCAAGUCAAGGAAGCCUAUCUCAAAGUUUCAGAGAAAGUGCAAAAUACAGGUCUCUGGGGAGUCGUGAACAAUGCUGGCAUCCUGGGGUUCCCUGCAGAUGGUGAGCUGCUCCCCAUGAGCACGUACAGGCACUGCAUGGAUGUGAAUUUCUUUGGGGCUGUGGAGGUGUCCAAAACCUUCUUGCCCUUGCUGCGCAAAUCCCAGGGAAGGCUUGUUAACAUGUCGAGUAUGGCAGGAGGCAUUCCACUACCUAAGUAUGCUGCAUACGGUGCAUCAAAAGCAGCUCUGUCCAUGUUUUCUGGAGUAAUGAGGCAAGAGCUUUCCAAAUGGGGAGUUAAAGUUGCUGCAGUUCAUCCAUCAGGCUUCAGAACAGGGAUACAAGGAACGUCUGAACUGUGGGAUAAACAAGAGAAGGACCUCCUGGAGAAUCUCCCAGCAGCUGUGAGGAGCGAUUACGGGGACGACUACCUCCAGGAGCUGAAGAGCUACCUGGUGCGCCUGCCGGCGCACUGCGACGCCGACCUCUCCCCGGUGCUCAAGGACGUCCUGCACGCCUUGCUGGCCAGGAGGCCGCACGGCCUCUACACGCCUGGGAAAGGGGCUUACCUGCCUCUCUGCAUCUUCUGCUACUUCCCUGUCUGGUUCUAUGACUUUUUCAUUAGCAAGUUGUUUAGUGCCGAGCCUGUCCCGAGGGUGCUGAGAACAGCAGAAGCUGGAAACGGGAAUCUCUAGGGUGUCCGUUGGCAUUUAUCUUGGGUAGUGAGAUAGCGGAGAAAAACACUAUUUUAAGACAGUGCUAUUUAUUGUACUUUGUUAAAUUGCAUCUACCGUGCCUUGUAAACUGAGGCAAAUGUCUGUUAUGUGAGACAUCCAAGAAAAGUGGUAGAUAAGCAAUGACAGAAAACAAAAUUCUUCCAAAUAUGACCUGUCAGAGGAUUAACAAAGUCUUUUGUGUAAGGCAUCUUGAAGUUAUCCAGUUCCUGUCUGUUCCCAAAGGCACCACCAUGCUGAUAUGUUAUCUAUUUAACGUGUGUGAUUUUUUAAUAAAUAAAAAAUGAGACUACAUGAACACUGUAAGUGUUGGAACUUGUCUGUUCUUACCGUUGCAAAAUUUUCUGAAUGUGUAAUGUGAAUCCUGCAACUUCACACUAAUACUCUUUUUUU